AUGAACACUCCUACUUUAUCUCAGCUUGUUGAACAAAACUCACAACUCAAGAAAGAAGCCGCACUAUCAGAUCGUAAAUUAUCUGCAAGAAACGAGCGUAUUCAAAAUUUGGAGUUCUUGUUAAAGGAGGCACAAAAUAAAUUACUAAUCCAAAACGACAAAUUCGAGUCUCAACUUCAAGCUGUUAGAGAUCGUUUAGAACAAGCCCGUACCCAUAAAUCUCAAGGUGGUUCCAUGUUAAGUUUUAACAGAAUUGUUAAGCCUUUGAGAGGCGGAGGAGCAGUACAAGAGAGGUAA